CUGGUCUGACCAGUCGCUAUCACGCAGUCGAGCUGGAGCAUUCAGGAGAGGAACCCUGUCCUGCUUGGCGCUUUAACUUUUGAAUCGGCGAUAAACAGCGAACACGUUUUCACGCUGGAUCUUUUGGUACACAAACAAACGCGACGUGACAGCCCCGUGGACUUGUUACUGAGCCUUCCCGGAGCUGGAAUUCAGGGAUAAGCUUAAAGCAACCCGUGUUUUUCUCGGAGAAGAGGGGAGCAGCGAAGCAGUCUCUUAUAGAGAGAAGCAAACAACGCCAGCGGAUGAGAAGCUGGGAGAGAUGACCUGAACGCGCUUCGAUUUUUAGUCUGUAAAGCCGCUGAUAUGCCAUGAAGAUGAGCAUCUUGGGCGGUAACAUCCCUGACCCUGCCAGGGCAGAGCCCCGCAAACGCAAAGAUGGUGUGUCCGACCACCUGGGCCCCAGCCCGAAACGGAGCGCUGACAAGCGAAACCGCGAGCAGGAAAACAAGUAUAUCCAGGAGCUGGCCGAGCUGAUCUUCGCCAACUUCAGCGACAUCGACAACUUCAACGUCAAGCCCGACAAAUGUGCAAUCUUAAAGGAGACUGUGAAACAGAUCCGCCAGAUAAAGGCCCAAGCCACGGCUAGUGUAGAGGAGGUUCAGAAGGCUGCUGUCUCAUCCACAGGCCAGAGUGUCAUUGAUAAAGAUGCCCUGGGCCCCAUGAUGCUGGAGGCCCUGGACGGGUUCCUCUUCGUGGUGAACAUGGAGGGGAACAUCGUGUUUGUGUCGGAGAAUGUGACGCAGUACCUGCGCUACCACCAGGAGGCGCUGAUGGGCACCAGCAUCUACAGUGUGCUGCACGUGGGUGACCACGCAGAGUUCAUCAGGAACCUCCUGCCUAAGGCCCUGGUGAACGGCGUGCCCUGGCCCAGCGAGGCUUCCAGCAGGAGCAGCCACACCUUCACCUGCCGCCUGCUGGUGAACCCCCACGGCGAGCCGACGGACCCCGGCCCCGAGCGGCAGGCCCAGCAGAAGUAUGAGACCAUGCAGUGCUUCGCCGUCUCGGAGCCCAAAUCCAUCAAGGAAGAGGGCGAGGAUUUGCAGUCCUGCCUGAUCUGUGUGGCGCGACGCAUCCCUGGGAGGGAGAAGCCCGUCUUUCCGACCCACGAGAGCUUCACCACCCGGCAGGACCUGCAGGGGAAGAUCACCUCCCUGGACACCAGUCAGCUGCGAGCCUCCAUGAAGCCGGGCUGGGAGGACCUGGUCAGACGCUGCAUUCAGCGCUUUCAUCUGCAGAGCGACGGGGAGAUGUCCUACGCCAAGCGCCACCAGCAGGAGGUUUUGAGACAGGGCCACGCCUUCAGUCCCCUGUACCGCUUCACCCUGUCAGACGGCACCGUGGUCUCCGCCCACACCAAGAGCAAGCUGGUGCGGUCUGCCAUCACCAAGGAGCCCCAGCUCUACCUAUCACUGCACAUCCUUCAGAGGGAAACGCCGGGUGGUGGAACAGCCCAGGGGACAGGGAAGGCGACGAAUUCAGACUCCCGCAUGACCCCGCCCAUCCAAGGGGGCGUGUCCACGGGGGUGCAGGGGCAGGACACGCCCCCCGGUGGCCACACAGACUCUCCGGGGAGGGGGGGUGGGGAGCAGCCAGCACUGGGACAGGUGGCGGGGAGCAGGUCGGAAUGCCAGGGGGCAGCGAACCAGGCUCCGCAGGGCGGUAACUACCCCCCGAAAUCGAGCAGGCCACCCCAGCGCAGCCCUGGCCCCUCCCCCAUGUUGUCCCCCGGUGUCCGGGUCAGCCCAGGCGUGGCGGGCGCCCAGUUCUCGCCGGCAGGCGGCUGCGGCGGCACUGGAGGCGGUCAGAGCUACGGCAGCAGCUCCCUCUCCGCCCUGCAGGCCCUCAGCAAGGCCCACGGGGUGGGCGUGGACUCACCCCACACGCAGGCCUCGCCCGGAAACGCCCCGGAGCCCGCGGGGUCGCGGGGGGGCGAGGCCCCGGGCGGGCCGCCCCAGCACCGGGACAGGGAGACGUGUACGGGACCCUUCACCGAGGGCCAGAGCCGCCUGCUGGACAGCAAGGGUCACACGAAGCUGCUGCAGCUGCUGACGGCCAAAACCGAACAGGCCGACCCCGCCCCGCCCCUCGGAGGGGGCGGGGCCAGCCACGGCUCCUCCCUCAAGGAGAAGCACAAGAUCCUCCACAGGCUCCUGCAGAAUAGCACGUCCCCCGUGGACCUGGCCAAGAUCACCGCCGAGGCCACGGGCAAGGAGGCGGGGCCGGGCUCGGGGGGCGGGGCCGGAGAGCCCACCCCCAAACAGGAGCCCGAGAGCCCCAAGAAGAAGGACAACGUGCUACUGCGCCACCUGCUGGACAGCGAUGACAGCACACUGCCGGAGGCGGUCCUGAGGGCGGAGCCUGGGGAGGGGAUGGCGGACGGAAGCAAACCCACGGGCAUGAGGGCGGACAAGCACGACCGCGACCGCGGCCAAGAGCGACCGCAGCAGGUGAGUGGCGAGAGCGUUCCCGCAGCUCGCCAGCAGAGGGCGCUGUCGGGCAGCAGCAUUCCCAGGACAGCCCCUCCCAGCAGCGCGGCUCAGCGCCGAAGCGUGUCCCUGGACAUGAGCAUCCCGCCCCAGGCCUCGCCCCUGCGGAACGGCGGGCCCUACCCCGCCGUGCAACAGCAGCAGCAGAGCGUGAUGGGAAAUAACGGCGUGACGGCCAGCCAGCCCAGCGUGCGCGCAGGAAUGCUGGGUGCCACUCCUCCCCAUAUGGGCAUGCAACAGGACCCCUGCUCUGCCCCCAUCCCCUCCCCCAACCUCACCCCUACCCCCACCACCGCCCCAGCCAGGCCCGGAAUGGUCAGCCAGCCUCAGCAGCAGCGGGCGGGGCCUGGACACGCAGGCAGAGGUCCUAUGAGGGCCGGGAGCCAAUCAGGACCCAGGCAGAUGCUUCCGCCGCAGAUGAUUGGGAAUGCUGACCUGGACAUGGGCAUGUCCAGUUCUCCGUUCUCCCAGCAGCAAGCACCGCCCAAUCAGACAGCCCCAUGGCCUGACAGCAUGCUGCCCAUGGACCAGGGUGCCUUCGGUGGCCAGACGAGCCAGUGUAACCUCCUGGAGCAGGCGGAGUGCCCACCUGAGCCUGCAGAUGAGGGGGCGCUGUUGAGUCAGCUCUACUCGGCCCUGAAGGACUUUGACGGCCUGGAGGAGAUUGACCGGGCUCUGGGUAUCCCCUCGCUGGUGGCCCAGGUCCCCCCGGUGGAGCUGGAGCAGUUCACCCCCCAGGACCCCAGCUCCAAGCCGGCCAUGUACACCCAGCCAUAUGCCACGCCCACCCCCAUGGCCCCAGACAGACCCGUCCCCAUACAGGACGCCAGCUUUCACGCCAUGGGCGGACCAAUGGGACAGCGGCCAGGCUACCCUAUGCUCCGCCCACAGACCCGCCCAGGACUCCGCCCACUCAGCGCCACGCCCAACCAGCCCAACACCCUGCGACUCCAGCUGCAGCAUCGGCUGCAGACGCAGCAGAGCCGACAGCCAAUCAUGAAUCAGAUGGUCGGCGUGCCCAAUAUGAACCUACCUCUCAGACCCCACGUACCGAACCAGGGAGCCGUGAGCUCGCAGGCCAUGGCGCAGAGGCAGAGGGAGCUGCUCAGCUCCCAGCUACGGCAGUGCCAGCUGGAGCAGUCCCAGCAGCAGAGAAGCAUGAUGAUGCGGGCGCAGUCCAUGGGCGGAGCCUCCGCCGGCAUGCCGGGCCCCGCCCCCAGCCCGCGGGUCCCCCAGCAGCUGCCCUACGCACCCAGCUACGGCACGGGCCUGGCCUCCCCCCAGCCUCCCACAAGCCCCUUCUCCCCCACCUCCCCCGGCCUCCCCGCCCCGCAGCUUCUCUCCCACAGCCCCGCCCACAUGGGCCUGGCCAACCAGGGGAUGAUGGGUAAUGUAGGCGGAGGACAGUUUGGGGCCCAACUGCGGCACAGUGCCUUCCAGUUUCCCAACUCAGGUAUGACUCAACAGCCAGAUGCAGCUUUUGCAGGAUCCACCACCCCUCAGAGCCCCCUAAUGUCCCCCAGACUGAGCCACACCCAGUCUCCCAUGAUGCAGCAGCCACAGGCCAGCACCACCUUCCAGCCCUCCCCUGACAUGAACAGCUGGACUCAGGGCCCCAUGUGCGGGAGCAGCAUGUUCACACAACAGUCAGCACCGCAGUUUGUCCAUCCGUCCAGCGGCGGCAUGUACAGCCACAACAUGAACGGGAACAUGAACAUGAACAUGACCGCAUCCAUGGUUACCAGCUCCGGUGGCAUGAACAACCUCAACCAGAUGCCAGGGCAGAUGGGCGCAAACUCAGUGACCUCCGUGCCUACGCCGGGCCUUCCCCCAAUGGGCAACGAGCAGAAGUAUUACUGACCCUCACCACUGGUGGACCCGCAACCUGGAAUGACAGUGGAAACAAGUCAGCGACCAAUGGAAACGCGGCACUUACACAGGCCAGCCAAUCAAACUGCAGUCCAUGGAGCGCCAGCUGAGAAGUGUGUUUCUCUUCCCACUCAGGCCCCGCCCACAUAAACACCUGACAGUCGCUGUCCGUCAAACUCACGGUCACGUGACUUUCUGUACGCCUCCCGUGAAUUCCAAUCCGGUGGUGGCGUGGGGACUCUCGUCAGAUGAAUGUAUUCCUCUCUUGGGUCGACAGUCAUGCCGGCCCCCGCCUCAGAGUGUACGCUGUUGGUGUAGCUCCUCCCCCUCCCUCUGUUCGCGGUGGGGUGCGAAGGCUCCGCCCUCCCUCAGAACUCUGGAUGAAAAUUGACGUUUUUAGCGAGCGAGAUGCGGAAUGAAUUUAAACAAUUUCUAAAUCAAUCAAGAGGAAAGAAAAAAAUGUAACAGCGGAAUGAUUUGAAUAGCAUAUACAGUUUUGUAAAAUAUUUCUGAUGGUUUAUACUAUUAAGUCGGUCAAAUAUAGUCUA